CUGAUCAUUUGAAUUUGACAAUUGGAUGAUAAGAACGUAGACUGUAUAGGGUCCAGGCAUAAUUCUCACUUUCAGUUCCCAUUUGUCUGGUGAAGUCAGAGCUCAGCAACAUUGCAUGUUUCUCUGUGAAGCAAUAAGAAAAACUUAACGUUCAUCACAAGCUUCAAGAAUCAAGAUUCUCAUGCUGCCUUGUUUACAUGAUGAACGGCUAUGUCAUAUCAUCUGCCUCAGAGGCAAUCACUCCGAAUGAACCAGAGGAUUAUCGACCACCUGCAGAGCUGUACCCCUACCUCACUAAUGUGGGGGAGAUUUAUGAAGACCAUAGAUGGACCUUCCACUCAGAGCGCGUCCAGCCAACAGACUUUGAGAAUUCUCCAGCGAAUCCCCUCACAGAGCUUCAGCCUGUGUCUCCCCAACAACUGAUGCAACCCUAUCGCUACAGCAGCGAGCCUCUGCCCCUUCACCUGGACCCACCACUCGGACCUCUCUCUGUGUCACCACAAAUCCCAUAUUACACCCCAACUCUGUGCUACCAGUACCAACCCUCUGCCUCGCCUGGCCAUUACUACUCAGAAGAGGAACAAAGAGGACUCAGUCCCCCGCUCGAGGUAUCAGAUGGGGAGGAUGAAUUGGAAGACCACAACCACUCCUCUUUCAGGAAAGACACUAACAACAAGAAGAAAAUACGCUUGUACCAGUUCCUCCUGGACCUGCUAAGAAACGGAGACAUGAGUGACAGUAUCUGGUGGGUGGACCAGGACAAGGGCAUCUUCCAGUUCUCCACAAAACACAAAGAAGUUCUGGCCAGCCACUGGGGUAUUCAGAAAGGAAACCGCAAAAAAAUGACAUACCAAAAAAUGGCUCGAGCUCUGAGGAACUAUGGUAAAACUGGAGAGAUUAUAAAAGUAAAGAAGAAGCUAACCUACCAGUUCAGUGAGUUAGUGCUGAGGAACGUCUACUUACAUCAGUGUCCUCGCUGAGGACACUGAGGGAACAACGGUUGUCUUUCAUUAUGCUGAAAUCACCAAACUAGCCAAGAGAUUGUGUUUUGCCUGUUCACUUGUUUUCCUACCAAGUUUUCUUACCUAUUUAUUUGUGUUGCCAGUGUACAUCCUCUACAGCAUUUGCUUCCAUAUAAACUGCUUCAUUUCAGACUCAAAUUAAGUUUGUGUGUUUAUGUCUGUGUACAAGGAUUAUUAAAGGGAGGUUAAAGAUCAGGGACAGCUAAAAAAUAAAUUGAAUUCUUUUACAUUA